GCAGUAUUAAAAGCUUCUAACUCCCUCUCCUUCCCUCAUUCUAUCGCCCAAUCCCCUUCCCUCUGCAACCAACCUGAGAAUUUUUCUCCAUUUGAUUUUUCAAUUCAAAACUACAACCUCGCCUGCAUCCAGAAUGGACGCGGAACGGGAGAGUCUGGCUCGCUUCACCGCGGUUAGUAGUACUGCCACCGUCGCCGGAGGUAAUUGCUCCGACGGUGAUGCGCCUCCAGCGACCUCCUCCCCUUCCGUCGUCAAUCAGAUUACCCAGCUCAUCAGCUCCGAUGACCCGGCUUUCAAAAUUCAAGCAGCCCUGGAGAUCAGGCGCCUCACAAAGACUUCCCAGCGCUACCGCCGACACUUCGCUAACGCCGUCGGACCUCUCGUUGAUAUGCUCUACUCCAGCGCCGUCGAAUCGAACGAGGCAGCUCUCCUUGCGCUUCUCAACCUUGCCGUCAAAGACGAAUUCUAAUUUUGUCAGAUAAGUGGCUUAGGGAAUUGUCUACAGACUGACUAUGAGCCCAUUAUUUUCGGAAACAAGGUAAGAAUAAUAGAGACUGGGGCUCUGCAACCUAUAAUAGGAUUUCUACAGUCCAAGAAUUUGACUCUGCAAGGGCACGCAACUGCAUCACUCCUCACACUAUCUGCCUCUCCCGUGACAAAGCCCAUCAUAACUGCCUCUGGCGCGAUCCCUCUUCUUGUCAAAGUCCUUAAAAGCAGUGGCACCCCUCCACAGUCUAAGGCCGAUGCGGUAAUGGCUCUCUACAACCUCUCAUCUUACGAAGGCAAUAAGAUCCCGAUCCUCCAGACAGACCCCAUCCCUUCCAUUGUCAGUCUGCUCAAAUCCUGCAAGAGAUCUUCGAAAACAGCAGAAAAAUGUAUGGCUUUGAUAGAAUCUUUAGUCAGUUACGAGGAAGGUAGGACCGCAUUGACAUCGGAAGAAGGCGGGGUACUAGCAGUGGUAGAAGUACUCGAAAGUGGGUCCCUUCAAAGCCGAGAACAUGCUCUAGGAGCCCUUUUGACAAUGUGUGAGAGUGACAGGUGUAAAUAUAGGGAACCCAUUCUUAGGGAAGGUGCAAUCCCUGGGCUUUUAGAGUUGACCGUUCAAGGGACACCAAAGUCUCAAGCUAAAGCACAGACUCUGUUGAGAUUGUUAAGAGAGUCUCCGUUUCCGAGGUCUGAACUCCAACCUGACACGCUUGAGAACAUUGUUAGUAACCUUAUAUCACAGAUGGGUUCAGGGGAGGAGCAGCCGGGAAAGGCGAAGGAGAUGCUUGCUGAGAUGGUGCAAGUUAGCAUGGAGCAAAGCUUGCGACAUUUGCAGCAAAGGGCGGCUAUGGUUUGCACCCCUGCUGAUCUAUCUGUCACUAGGCGUGCUUCAAAAGUUUCUUCAAAAUGACACUUCAAGAAUAUAAGUUUUUUUUUGACGGGUACCUUUGUAAUUGUGACAUCAGUAUUGAUUCUGUACUAGAGAAUAAGAUGUCUAUAGCAUAGAUGCCAGUCCAGGCCCUUACAGGUUUAUCUGGAGACUGGUCAAUGUAUAUAAUCUGAAUGGAACCACAAUGUUUGGAACAGAGUUUUUUUUUAAAUACAUGGACUUUGUGACGUAUACUGUGGACAGAUUGAAUAAUAUAUGAUCAUUUUUUCCUCGAGAACAAUAUAUGAUCU